UGAGUACAUCCACAGCACAAGCGUCUCAAAGCCGGCCAAGCCUUUCCACACCCCAUAGCCAUAAGCAGAUAGAGGGGGAGAUGGAGAGAGAGAGAGAGGGGAUGGAAAGGAUAAACGAAGAUGGCGAUGGAAGUCAGGUGAAUUAUGAAAGGAUGCCAAGUUCUGAUGAUAAAAUAGUUAAAUCCAUGCCUGCAGCAGAGGCAGUGAGCUCUGAACUGGAGGAGGUGCUAUCGGACACCAGCUUGCCGCGGCUCCGGCGGCUGCGGAAGGCCACCGCCGUAGAGCUGAGGGUUCUGUUCAAGCUAGCAGCUCCGGCGAUCGUGGUCUACUUGCUCAACAACGUCACCUCCAUGGCCACCCAGAUCUUCUGUGGCCAUCUGGGCAACCUUCAGCUCGCUGCUGCUUCUCUUGGCAACAACGGAAUCCAAAUCUUUGCUUAUGGUGUCAUGCUCGGGAUGGGAAGUGCAGUGGAGACGCUUUGUGGCCAAGCCUACGGAGCUCACAAGUACGAAAUGCUGGGCGUCUAUCUGCAAAGAUCCGCCAUCCUCCUCACUGCCACCGGCAUCCCUCUCACCUUCGUCUACAUCUUCUCCAAGCCACUCCUCAUCCUGCUGGGCGAGUCCCGGGAAAUAGCAUCCGCGGCGGCCGUCUUCGUCUACGGCCUCAUCCCCCAAAUCUUCGCCUACGCCGCCAACUUUCCCAUCCAGAAGUUCCUGCAGGCGCAGAGCAUAGUGAUGCCGAGCGCCAUCAUCUCCACGGCGGCGCUGGGGCUGCACCUGCUGGCGACGUGGGUGGUGGUGUUCCAGCUGGGGUGGGGGCUGCUGGGGGCCUCCCUGAUGCUGAGCCUGUCGUGGUGGAUCGUGGUGGUGGCUCAGUUCGUGUACAUACUGAGGAGCCGGCGGUGCAAGCACACCUGGAGAGGGUUCAGCGUUCAGGCGUUUUCCGGGCUGUGGGAUUUCUUGAAGCUGUCGGCAGCUUCAGGGGUGAUGCUGUGCUUGGAGACUUGGUACUAUCAGAUACUUGUUUUGAUUGCUGGAUUGCUUGAGAAUGCCGAGAUUGCUUUGGAUUCUCUCUCUGUUUGCAUGACAAUAAGUGGAUGGGUAUUCAUGAUUUCAGUGGGGUUCAAUGCAGCCGCAAGUGUGAGGGUGAGUAAUGAGCUUGGGGCUGGACAUCCCAAAUCAGCAGCGUUUUCAGUGGUGAUCGUCACCUUAAGCUCAUUCAGCAUCGCCGUAAUCUUGGCCGUGGUUGUGCUCGCCUUGCGCGACGUCCUCAGCUACGUCUUCACCGACGGCGAAACCGUGGCGGAAGCCGUCUCGGAUCUUGCACCCUACUUGGCCGUUUCCAUCAUCCUCAACGGUAUCCAACCGGUUUUAUCAGGGGUGGCGGUUGGAUGCGGAUGGCAAGCCUUCGUCGCGUACGUAAACGUCGGGUGCUAUUACGUGAUCGGGAUCCCAUUGGGUGCUAUCCUCGGCUUUACCUUCGAUCUUGGUGCCAAGGGAAUAUGGUCAGGGAUGAUGGCUGGCACUUUCAUCCAAACUCUCAUCUUAGUGUGGGUUACUGCACGCACCAAAUGGGAUCAAGAGGUUGAGAAAGCAAGGGAUCGGUUGGGUAAAUGGGAAGAGAGCGACCAGCAGCGGCAGCCUCUCCUUUCAGGCUGAGCCUGAGCCUGAGCCCGAGCGGCACCAACUUGACCAAAAGUUGAUUCAUUAGUCCUUAUCUAUGGACUCGUCUUUUGAAUCAUUUAUUUAUGUAUAUAUAGUUGACUGAUGCACCAUCGGCCCUUGUCUCUUCCAUUUAUUUGUCACACUCCAUGUCGAGCGACUGAUUAAGGAAUAAGCAUUUAUCUAAAAGAAACAAUAUAUUAUUAUAAGAAUUUAUUAAUAAAAUA